AGCUAUUUCGUUUUUCAGACGACAUUGAGCUCCCUUCAUAUUUGCACCUAAAAAAAUAAAAAAAAAAUCCAAACUUUUAUAUUGUUUUUGCCGGCCCUAAUAAAAUUACUAUUUUUCGCCAAAAAGAAGAAAGGAAAGUCUGUCGCUCUGUAUCACGAAAUCACGCUCGUCUAUAUAUCACUUUGUAUAUAUAACAUCUGCAUAAAUAUAUCUGUAUUGUAGAUCGUUUGAGUUUCUUUUUUGUAUUUGCAAUAACAAGUUUUCAUUUCAAACGAUAAACUUCAAAUCAGUGUGCAAAUUAUUCGGCAAAUUCUUAUUUUCAAAACAAGCUAAACAUUUUUCUCAAAAUUUAAAUCAAGGGAACGAAAAAAGAAGAAAGUGUUGUUAACCAGCAAUGGAGAUUAACGCCAGCCAGCAGACGAGUGCGAAAAUGUUUUCGACGAAUUUCUACAAAAUGAAGAAUUUCGCCAAUCCGAAUAUUUUUUUUAGACGCAACCCAAAGAUCGCCACGGAGCCUAAAGAAGCCGUCAAAGCAAUGCCUACAACUGAUGUCGCCAAGGAUAAUGUAUUAACGGUGUCGAAAUUGGAGAAAUUAGAGAAGGAGAAUGAGAUUCAAAUGGUGAAAUUAGAGAAGGAAAUUAAAGUUGAGAAAUUAGAGAAGGAAAUUAAAGUGGAGAAAUUAGAGAAAGUGCUUCAAGUGGAGAGUUCAGUUACGGCGGAGCCAGAUCCUGUGCCAUCCACUCUGAGCAAGGCCAAGAAGAGAAGGAACCGUUAUAUAAACAGGAAGAUUAACAACAUCAACAAGAAUGUGGUUCCAGGUAGCUCCCCGUCCAGAGAUUCCAGUGGGUCUAGUAGCAAUCCAAAAAGUGCCAAGCUGAGGAAGAUCGAGCCAUCGCAGGAGCUGCAGAAGAAUGAGCAGGAUCAGCAAAAGCCACAGCAGCAGAAGGCACAACAGCAGAAGCAACAGCAGCAGCAAACGCAGCAGAAACCUCAACAACAGCAGCAGCAGCUGCAACAGCAACAGCAGAAACCUCAGCUGCAGAAGCCGCAGCAGGAGAACUCUCAGCAGCAGAACCCUCAGCAGCAACACCAAAAACAGCAGCUAAAUCGAAGGCAGAAGGUAAAGCAGAAGCAACAGCAACAGAACCCGCAGCAGGAAAUGGAGCAGAAGCAGCAGCAGAACCCGCAGCAGCAGCUUCAAAAACCUCUACAGCAACAGCAACAGAAACCCAUGCAGCAGAAACAGCUGCAACAGCAGCAGCAGAAACCUCAGCAACAGAAACCUCAGCAACAAAAGCCGCAGCAGCUGCAACAGCAGCAGCAGAAACCUCAGCAACAGCAGCACCUGAAACAGCAGCAAAAACCGAAGCAACAAAAGAAGCCGCUGCAGCCUGAGACAAUCGAGAAGGCGCCGGAGAGCAUAAACAAGUACGAGAUGAAAUUUUCUGAAGUGGUAAAGGGGCAAGAAAAGACCACUUCCGAAAUGAAUAUGAUCCAGGUGAAGACAACUUCCGAAAUGAAUAAGAUCCAGGUGAAGACAACUCUUUCAAGCAAUAAGAACCAGGCAAAGAACCCGGAAAACAAAGGUCUUGAUAAUCAGAAGAAUCAGAAAGUAAAACAUACUGAAAGCCUAAAAAACCAGGAGAAGACAUUUUCCGAAGUCGUAAAGGCGAUCACUGAGAAGCAAAAGAAACGGGAUAAUAAAGAUAUCGACAGAAUUAAUCUGGAUAAGGCACAAGAAGACGAAAUACAGAAGAGCCAGGAGAUGGUACUGCAAACCGAAGACUUAAAGGUGAACCAGGAGAAGGUACAAUCCGAAAGCCUAAAGAGCCAGGAGAAGACACAACAAUCCGAAGGUUUAAAGACCCAGGAGAUGGUACCACAACCCGAGAGCCUGGAGACCCAGGAGAUGCAACAACAACCCGAUAGCCUGAAGACCCAGGAGAAGCAACAACAACCCGAGAGCCAGAAGUUGAACCAGGAGAAGUUACCACAACCCGAAAGCUUAACGACCCUGAAGAAGCCAGAACAACCCGAAAGCCUGAAUGUGAAUCAGGACGAGACCAUUCCCGAUACAAUGUCAUCACAGAUCCCCGCUCCUUCCCAGCCCGACAAGUCACCCCAUGAACCCAAAGAAACCUCUUCCCAAGAACUCGAUCUCCUUAAACCAAAGCAGGGCGACAUGGAGACCGAAAGCGAGCCGAGUCUCAAUGAAUCCAACGAGUCAAACGACGACCCAAAAGUGCCCCAUCAUCCACUAAACAGCCUGUGGACCCUAUGGUACCUAGAGAGCGAUCGCACCAAGUCCUGGGAGGAUUUGCAGAACAAGGUGGCCAGCUUUGAUACCGUGGAGAAUUUCUGGAGCCUCUGGUCGCACAUCAAGCCACCAUCAGAGCUAAAGACCGGCAGUGAUUAUAGCAUUUUCAAGCGUGGCAUUCGUCCCAUGUGGGAGGAUGAGGCCAAUAAGAAUGGCGGCCGGUGGGUCAUCUCCAUUAACAAGAACAACAAGCAUGAUUUGGACAACUUUUGGCUGGACACAAUGCUCUGCCUGAUCGGUGAGACCUCGGACUAUGCCGAUGACAUUUGCGGUGCUGUGGUCAACAUACGUUCCAAGUCCAACAAGAUAUCCAUUUGGACAUCGGAUGGCAAGAACGAGACAGCCACCUGGGAAAUUGGUCAAAUGCUGCGCGACUGUAUGCGUCUCUCCACUGACUACACCCUGUCCUAUUUUCUUCACAUAGACACCAUGGCCAAGCAGGGCUCCAUUGUGAAGGCUGUGUAUACGCUGUAGGCGUGGCUAUAAUACAACAACAUUACAUAUAUAGCACUCGAACUCUACUACUACUCCCAAAAGCAGAUCCUUGUAUAUAUUAUAGACUUUCGGUAUUUUUACACACCCGCACUCGUUCUCGCACACAGGCAAAAGAACACACACAAAAAAACACACAAACAAACACAGUUAGUCGAACAUCGAGUCUGGAAGCAUACUACACAUAUUCGACAAUCAUAUUAGACCACGAUCCCAAAAACGAGGGAAUCAAUCAAGCAUCCAAAAUCCCGAGUCAAGCCGCCUUACUUUCAUAUAAAUUUUAACGUUGUUCCUGGGAACCCAAAGAAUAUAUAUAUAUUCAAAUGUUUGCUAAGCUAUUCGAAAAUAA